CAUAACCUUCGCAGGAAAUACAACCCGGUUAAGUCCCUAAGUCGAGGGUACUCAUAACGAAAAAAGGCACCAACACAAUGGCUGUCAAUCCGGAGCCACUCAACUGGCCGGAGAUCUGCUCCCAGCAUGAGAGAGUUCUCUCGUCACAUGUCGACUUGCUCAAGUCUCUUCGGGAGAGUGUCACGCGGGACGAUGAUGCUGUGCGCCUGGUCGCAUCCAUGGUUGAGAGGACGACGAAAUUGAUGGCCCAAUUCCAGGUCGUCAAGAAGCAGCUGGUACAAAAAAACUCAAAUGGGCGAGAUCCCAAUCGAUCCGCCAGCACAGAUUCGCGCAACCCCCGCGACAACCACCCAAAAGAGAGAAAGAAAAGGUCACGAUCGAAAAUGGGGAUGGGUGAGCUAACACCCCCGUCGAUUACAUCCGAGCAGCCACAGACGUUGGCUUUGCGUCCACCAAAGCGAAAGCGACUAGAUGUGGCCGUGUCUGGCGAUGAUGAGGAUGUGCGGAAUGUGACGCCCGUUUCGGCUGAGACGGAAGACAUUUCGGAAGAGGUGCAACGGCGACUUGCCAUUAAAGACGAGAAGCGAAAGAAGAGGGACUCCCAGCUCGAAAAAAGGAAACGGGAGAGUCUGGCAUCCAACGGGAGUACCUCGUCUGUGGGGGCUACUGCGAAGCCAAAGAAAAGGCGCCGGGUUGUCAACCCUGAUGCUGGAUCUCCUUCUGGUAGUCCCAGUCAUGUCAAAAGAGGUGAUCCUAAUGAUGAAACGGACGAUAAUGGACCGGACGGGAGGAGACGGGUAAAACGACACAAGCACUCUCUAUAGUCCCCUCGUUAAUGCAAUGGAACUCUGAUACUGUCCAGCUGACGUUCAAAUCUCGUACCUUCUACGGCCAUUGUGUCCCCGGUAGCCGAUUGGACAGAGCUCAAUUUCCCAGCGAGUAUGAUGCUCGACUAUGCGACACCACGGUCAUUGUUGGUCACCCUGACCUCACAGCCAUCUUAGAUAUGCUUUUCGACGUCAACGCUUUUAUACUUUCUCUGUUAUUAGUAGGAACCCGGCACAGUGAACACAGGCUAUAAGAUCCCCCUCCCUCCCGUCGUCCCCGCGUGCUGGUUUCUUCCCUUCUCCAUCACUCUCGCUGUUCUACCAUAACGUACCAUCCACCACCAGCAUCACAUUCACACUCAAUCAUACCACCCACGCACAAGUUGACACUUGGGAAUGUGCCGAACACCAGUCCACGGAACAUCAUAACAAUCUCGACACAAAAUAAUCACCCCUGUUGAGGAAAACAUCAGUCAGUACGCCUGCACUUGGAGUGUUGCCAUUGGCAAUAAAAAUCAUCGUCUUCCAUUCCGUAAAAAAAAAAACCUCAAAAAUUCUUAAAACACCCGCCUUUUGUUUUACCUUUUU